AUGGCAAUGAUUGCCAGCAACUUUGCUAAGCAAGCUGGCCAAGUUUCCUCUUUUCCACUACCGGGUUCAAUUGUUGGAGCAGCUAUUGCAGCUUCCUUGAGUGUUCCAGCAGAAACAGUUCGCAGUGUCACAUUUUCACUGGUAUGGGACUGUCCUGAAGUGAACUUCUUAGGUGGAAGGACUUACCACAGGCGGUAUACAAAAUAUUAUGGAGCUUCUGGAAAUGCAGCAUCUGCAAUUGCACGUGAUGCUAUUAUUGAGCAUGAAAAUUGGGAGUCGCAAAUAGAAGCUUGGCAAAGGCCCAUUCUUGAAGACGAAAUCCUUCCUGAAUGGUAUCGUAUCACUCUUUUCAAUGAACUCUAUUACCUUAAUACAGGAGGAUCAAUUUGGACAGAUGGAUUACCAGCUGUGCAUAGUUUAUCUGCCACACAGGACAAAAGGUUUUCACUCGGUAGAUCAUUUUCAGCUCUCAAAAACACCAUCAGUCAUUCCAAUCAAAGUGACACUGCUACAAACAUCCUAGCAAGAAUGUGUUCAACAUUUGAGGAGAUUCAUUCUCCUAUGUCGUUGAAUUCUGCCUCUGGAAAAAAUCUGCUUCAAAGCGGGGAGGAAAACGUUGGGUUCCUCUAUCUUGAAGGAAUUGAGUAUCACAUGUGUAAUGCCUAUGAUGUUCACUUUUAUGCGUCAUUUCCCUUACUUAUGCUCUUCCCAAAACUUGAACUUAGCAUCCAAAGAGACUUUGCUGCUGCAGUUUUGAUGCAUGACCCCAGUGAUAAGAGACUUUUGCAUGAUGGAAGCUUGGUUUCAAGAAAAGUUCUUGGUGCUGUUCCUCAUGAUAUUGGAAUGAAUGAUCCAUGGUUUGAAGUAAAUGUCUUCAGCCUUCACAACACUGAUAGGUGGAAAGAUUUGAACCCAAAGUUUGUUCUGCGAGUUUAUAGGGAUGUGGUCGCAACUUGUGAUGAAAAAUUUGCCGAAGCUGUUUGGCGGUGCUAUGUUGCAAUGGCUUAUAUGGAUCAAUUUGACAAGGAUGGGGAUGGGAUGAUUGAAAAUGAAGGGUUUCCUGAUCAGACAUAUGAUACAUGGUCUAUGUCUGGAGUGAGUGCAUACUGUGGUGGGCUAUGGGUUGCUGCCCUGCAAGCUGCUUCAGCACUGGCUGGUGAAGUUGGUGACAAGGGUUCUGAGGACUACUUUUGGUUCAAAUUUCAGAAGGCAAAGAGAGUGUAUGGAAAAUUAUGGAAUGGAUCGUACUUUGACUAUGACAAUAGUGGUUGCAGUGCCGGUUCUUCAAUUCAAGCGGAUCAGUUGGCUGGACAGUGGUAUGCUCGUGCUUGUGGUCUAUUACCCAUAGUUGAUGAAGAGAAAGCAAAAAUUGCCCUAGAGACCAUUUACAAUUUCAAUGUCUUAAGGGUAAAAGAUGGAAGGAUUGGAGCUCUUAACGGGAUGCUGCCUAGUGGAGAACCAGACGUGUCUCACCACCAAUCAAGGGAAAUAUGGAGUGGAGUUACAUAUGCUGUUGCUGCAGCCAUGAUGCAGGAAGAUCUAAUCGAGAUGGCAUUUAAAACAGCAGGUGGAGUCCAUGAAGUUGCUUGGGCAAAAGAAGGUUUUGGCUUCUCUUUUCAAACACCAGAGGCUUGGAGCAUAGAUGGCAAGUACAGAUCCCUGGGUUACAUGCGGCCUCUGGCAAUAUGGGCAAUGCAAUGGGCAUUGGAGCAGCCAAGACUUCCCAAAAAGGAGAUGAAGCUAGAGGUUACGGAAGCUAGCUUGUUAAAGGAGCAUGAUGGUUUUUCACGAGUUGCACAUGUUCUCAAGUUAGCGGAAGAGCAGGAUAAUAGAAGUCUUUUACAGAUCAUUUUCGAUUAUGUAUGUAAAAGAAUGUUAGCAAAACUAUAA